CCUUGUUCACAUAAAGUCUAUAUCAAGUCUAACCAUAGAUUAAUGGUUGAAGAAGAGAAAGAGAUUAACUCUGAUGAUUGGGAAGUCAACUCUGAUGAGCUCAAUCGCCCUUUCGACUCUGAUGAUGAAGGUACUCACCCAUUUUGCUUCCAUAAGGCUAACUUAUAUUAUAGACAUUUCAGUUCCAAAGAAAGUUAAGAAAAGAGUCAAGAAACAAGGUCGCAAGUUCAAGAAUGAUGUUGACACCAAUGUCAUGAAAGUCAACAUGAGUGCUCUCGAGCCUGAAGACUUCACCACUGGAGACCCUGUAUUCUGUACCAACUGCAGUGCAGUUCUGAAUGUCCACAGCCAUCUUGAGCAACAUGAAGCUGAAGGUGACGACAACGAAUCUAGAGUCUGGAUCUGUGAGUUCUGCAACAAUAAAAACGAAAUAAAUUUGGAUGAACAUGAAGUGCCUGACAAAGAGAGUGGUGAGAGCAACCUCAACUACAUACUUGAGAAGCCUGAAGACGAAGCAGAUGAACACAAACAAGAUGAAGAAAUCAAAGGUUAUGCUCCAGAUGUUACCAGAGACUCCUCAGAAACUCCUCUGAUAUUCUGCAUCGAUAUGAGCAGUUCAAUGAACAAUUCAGUAAUGCCUCUCGACAAAGGAGAUCGUUCUUUAACAAGAUACCAGUGUCUUGCUAAAGGCAUCUGCGACCAGAUCGAAGCAUUCAAAGAAGCAAAUAAAUAAAGUUGGAAUCGUCUACUUCUGUAGCUAUUUAGCAGUCUGAGGAGAUGGAACUGCCGAGCUAAAAGAGAUAAGACCAGGUGAAGCUCUGAACAAUGAAGAGUACUUAUAUGCCAAUGCAGAGAAUCUAGCCAUGACUCAUAUGUCCCAACCAGUCAGCCUUACUCAUGAGAACCUUAUAGCCAUGGUUAAGAAGAAGAAACCAAGAGGAAUGACUGCUCUCGGCCCUGGCGCUCUCACAGCUAUCACCAUGGCUGGUGCUGUAGGCAAAGGAGCUACUGUAGUAAUUUGCACAGACGGUGAGACCAACCUAGGAGUAGGUUCUCAAACGGCAUACAAAGAAACUUCUGACUGGAAAGAAAGAGUCGAUAAGUUCUAUGAAGACCUUGCUGCAAACGCAAAUGAGCAUGGAGUCACAGUCAACCUCAUGAGUCUCAAAGGAUGUUAUUGUAACCUUGACAACUUGAUUGUUCUCAGCGAAGAAACUGGAGGCCAAGUCAACAUCAUCGAUCCUCAAGAUGCAAGCAAUGAGUUUGAGACAAUGCUACAGGUCAAGCCUAUAGCCACCAACGUCACUGUAAAGGUGAGACUACAUCAAGCACUAGAGUUCAAGAAUGAGCUCAGCAAGAAUUUGAGUGCUGACAGAACCCUAAUGACCAAGAAACUAGGAAAUGUCAAUGCUAAUACUGAAGUGACCUUCAGUUACAGGCUCAAAGAUCCUGAUCAACUUGCUCUCAUCGAAGGCUUCAACAUUGAAGAAUUCAGCAAGAUUCCAUUCCAGACCCAGAUCGAGUAUUGCAGACUUGAUGGAACCAAGUAUCUCAGAGUGAUUUCAAGAGUGCUUGAGACUUCGUCAGAUGCUGAAGAAGUUAAGCAAGACUUGAACAUAGGCAUCGUGGCUGUGAACGCAGCUCAGCAAGCAUCAAACCUUGCUAGAGAAGGACGCUUUAGAGAAGCUCAAGCACUCUCAUACAACAAUAAGAAGUUCAUCAAGAAAAUUGCCAAGACUGAAGAGGAUACAGCUAUGUACAAGGCCUUUAAAGGGAGCAUGAGGCAAAUGUACAAUGAAGUGCAUGAACAAAGCAACAAAGAAGAUAUGGUCAAACUAAGACAAGAGAGGGAGAAAGAACCAGCCACAUACCAAGCAAAACCGGUCAGAAGUGAUGCGUUAACAAUGAACGUGCACAAUAUGCGUUCACUGACAUAUGAAGCUUUGAUAGAGAGAAGUAAGGAAUAAAUUCAA